UGACCUGUGCUGCGCGCGCGACCAAAAUACAUCGACGUUCGUGACGCUGGGGGUGAUCGGAUACGCGGAGCGGGUGAAAUAUACGGUGUGUUGUUUUGAUGACGCGAUGCAGACGUCGACCGAAGCCAGCAUGCUCCAAGACAAGCAGCAAUUGUCACCGCCGAAGAGCGAACUACCGACCGCUCAGCUGAACCUAACCGCGGCGAUGAUCCAGGAGAAUUUCCUGCAGAGAUCGAUCCAGAACGUCGCGUUGUCGUUACAGAACGCGAUGAUGAAUUCGCUACAGCAGGCGGCGUUGCUGCCGGCAAAUAGCGCCGCGGUGGCGGCUCUUAAUCUCCAAGCGCUCGAAUCUUACUUGACGCUGCAUCGAUUAUCGGUGUCGGCAUCGGCGGUCAGCCAUUCGCCGCCGAAAAUAGACAUUUUGAAAAUCGCCGCGAGCACCGCGAAGAUUACGGAAGAAAGCGUCGCGGAAGAUACCAACAACACGAGCUUGACGGAGGACGUAGAUUUGGCCGAAGAAGUCGAAGAAGAUUUGGCGCUGUUAGACAACGAGGACGCUCUGAAUAACUUCUCGUUGUCGUCGUCACCCGUGGACACCAGUUAUCCCAGUUUGAUCAUGAACAACGUUUACCAAAACGCCGCGUCGAGUACGGCGUCUGGCGUGACGUCAUCGGCGGCGGCGAGCAGCGGCGUCGGUUUGGCGCGGCCGAAGGGCGCGAUUAGGCCAAAAAAGCAGUUCAUUUGCAGGUUUUGCAACCGGCAGUUUACGAAGAGUUACAACCUGUUGAUACACGAGAGGACGCACACCGACGAGAGGCCCUACUCCUGUGAUAUAUGUGGGAAGGCUUUCCGAAGGCAGGAUCAUCUGAGGGAUCACAGGUACAUCCAUUCGAAAGAAAAGCCGUUCAAAUGCGCGGAGUGCGGCAAAGGCUUUUGCCAGUCCCGCACGUUGGCUGUCCACAAAAUUCUCCACAUGGAAGAAUCGCCUCACAAAUGUCCCGUGUGUUCGAGGUCGUUCAAUCAACGAUCGAAUCUGAAGACGCACCUAUUGACGCACACGGACAUCAAACCGUACAAUUGCUCUGCAUGCGGCAAAGUUUUCAGACGAAACUGUGAUCUCAGAAGGCAUAGCUUGACACACAAUUUAGGUGCUACCACGUCGACGUCGUCUUCUGCGACGGUGACCAGUGGCUCGAGUGUCAACCAGACAUUUAGUAUAGAUUCUAUCAUCAGCAAGGAUUCUAGUGCAGAUGAGAGUAAAUAAAAGUGCGUGACGUAUUUGUUGAUUUUAUUUUGUUAAGUUGUUGAUUUUAACGAUUGGCCAAAUGAUCUGAGUAUUUUACGUGCAACUGACGCUCUAUAGCGAUUUAAUUCCGCCCUUUGUUGUCCGUCGAAUGAGAUUAAUAGCUUACGAUAGAAAAUGAUGAUCGAAACAAUAGUAAUGCGAAAAUGCGUCUUGAAGUAUCGAAUCUGAUAAAGAACUUUUGUUACAUUUAUUUCACUUUUCAUGUCGAUACCAUUGUUUUAAGCAGACUUGCGUCGUGCAUACUCAUAAGCAGAAGACUAGACUGUUUUAUAUGUAUUGAACGGAUUGUAAGUUUAGUAAAUACUGUAGUAAUGUAUUAUAAUUUAAGGUUUUUUUUUUGUAAAUAAA